GUGUGUUCGGUGCGCCGUGGUCUCAGCCCAGCAGUGUUGACAAAAGGGUGAAAAGAAGCGGCCGAGAAGAAUCGAACCCAGGGGCCAGGGCCACACCAGCAGCUCCACGGCUCACAGGAAUGUAACUGCGUUCGCCUGAUCGUUUAGCAUCUCGCCAUUGAUGGGAGUUUGAGGAUCUCUCCGUGGGAAGGAAAAGGAAAAACUCGUGGGGUUUUUUGGCCGUUUUGAGGGCCGAGAUUUCGCUGCCGCUCCGCCGCUGCUUGGGGAGAGGCUGUCCGCACCGAGCUGGAGGUAGCCCGAACACUUAGCCUCGUAGCUUUCUCGAACGUAGGAUAAACUUCCUCGCCCGCCCGCCGUCUCCGUCGCGAACCGCAGAGGAUCAAGGUAAAGUACUGCGAUCUUGGAGCUGCGGCUUGUCGGGCUUGGGUCGGGAUCGGGACGGUGUGUGUCUCCCAGCCCAGCCUAGCUAACGGUAGCAGCAUUAGCACUGCCCCUGUAUUUACACCUGGGAUGAUGGGUGAUCGCCCGAGCCCGCCCAGCAGGGCUAUGUCCUCGGCAGCCACCACGUCUCCAUCUGUGGACAAAGUGGACGGAUUUUCACGGAAGUCUGUCAGGAAGGCCAAGCAGAAGCGGUCGCAGAGUUCGUCCCAGUUCCGCUCUCAGGGCAAACCCAUCGAGCUCACGCCCCUACCGCUGCUCAAGGACGUGCCGGCGCCGGAGCAGCCAGAGCUGUUCCUGAAGAAGCUGCAGCAGUGCUGUACGGUCUUUGACUUCAUGGACACGCUGUCGGACCUCAAGAUGAAGGAGUACAAACGCUCCACGCUCAACGAGCUGGUGGACUACGUGACGGUCAGCCGGGGAUACCUGACGGAGCAGGCCUACCCCGAGGUGGUCAAAAUGGUGUCUCACAACAUAUUCCGGACCCUUCCGCCCAGCGACAGUAACGAGUUUGACCCUGAGGAAGACGAGCCGACACUCGAGGCCUCCUGGCCACACUUACAGUUGGUAUAUGAGUUCUUCAUUCGGUUCUUGGAGAGUCAGGAAUUCCAGCCCAGCAUUGCCAAAAAGUACAUAGACCAGAAGUUUGUCCUACAGCUCUUGGAGUUGUUUGACAGCGAGGAUCCUCGGGAGAGAGACUAUCUGAAGACAGUCUUGCAUAGAAUCUACGGCAAAUUCCUGGGGCUGAGGGCUUUUAUACGAAAACAGAUCAAUAAUAUUUUUCUACGUUUUGUUUAUGAGACGGAGCACUUCAACGGGGUGGCUGAGUUGCUGGAGAUCCUGGGGAGUAUAAUCAAUGGUUUCGCUCUGCCUCUGAAAGCCGAGCAUAAACAGUUUCUGGUCAAAGUGUUGAUUCCCCUCCACACUGUCAGGAGUCUGUCCCUCUUCCAUGCACAGUUGGCGUAUUGCAUUGUACAGUUCCUAGAGAAAGACCCAACAUUAACAGAACCAGUCAUCAGAGGCUUACUGAAGUUCUGGCCAAAAACCUGCAGUCAAAAAGAGGUGAUGUUUCUAGGAGAGCUGGAGGAGAUUCUGGACGUCAUUGAACCGACACAGUUCGUGAAGAUCCAGGAGCCGCUGUUCAAACAGAUCUCCAGAUGUGUCUCCAGCCCACAUUUCCAGGUUGCAGAACGAGCUCUGUACUACUGGAACAACGAAUACAUCAUGAGUCUGAUCGAGGAGAACUCCAGCGUCAUCCUGCCCAUCAUGUUCGCCAGCCUCUACAGGAUCUCCAAAGAGCACUGGAACCCGGCAAUCGUGGCGCUGGUCUACAACGUCCUGAAGGCCUUCAUGGAGAUGAACAGUACCUUAUUUGAUGAACUCACAGCCACUUACAAGUCAGACCGCCAGCGUGAGAAGAAGAAGGAGAAGGAGCGGGAGGAGCUGUGGAAGAAGCUGGAGGACCUGGAGCUGAAGCGGGGCCUUAGGAGCGACGGCAUCAUCCCGACUUAACGACGACGUCGCCGGCUCCCCUCCGCCUCCCUCCUCCCCCCUCCGCCUCCCCUCCACCCCCUCCUCCCCCAAACCAGCCGCCGCCUCCGGAUCGACUCGGAGCACCGCCGGUUUCUUAACUGUUUAUUUUCUUAUGUUUUUUUUUUUUUCUCCUGUGUUUGUGCGACUUACUUUACAGUAGAUUCAUCACGUCUGUUUUCAUUAUUUCAACAGCACUGUAAAUAAUUAUUUUUCUCUUUUUUUUCUUUUUUUUUCCCUUAAACUGAUAUUAUUGCAAACGGGGAAAAAAAACAAAACAAGAAUAAUAAUAAUAAUAAUAAUAAUAAAAAGGAAGAAAAAAAUAGAAAAUGAGAAAAUGACUUGUGUGGGAUGGGGAUUCAAACAAAAACAAAAAAAAAACUUUUUGGACUGUAGGACAUGAAAUGAACUCUUGGAAAACAACAAAAAAAAAAAAACAAAAAAAGAGAAGAUAGAUUGAUUUUAACUCUUCAGUACAGUCCCAUAUGUCAUUUUUAUUUUCCUGGUUCUCCUCUUUGCUUUUCCUCUCGUCACCUCCCUCGUCUCCCCCUGAACUCACCCUCCUGUUUGAAUAAACUCAACAGAACCGCACAUUAAAUAACAACAGGGACUCUGGCUGUGUUUACAUGCGCGUUCAGUCAAAACUAUUGACAAAUUCUGGCUCAAAAAACCCAAAUUUAUUCACAUAUUUCUGCAUCUGAAGUGAAUUAAAAGAAUCAUAUUUUAAAAAAUUACAUUUUCAACACUUCAGAAUUGAUUUUUUCAACCUGUUUAAGGUCCAAAAACAGAAACGUAUUUAAAGUUAAGCUGCUUAAUUAGUCCCCGACUGGUUUGAUGAUCAGUUUGUUUUUUAAAAUGAAAACAAUCUAAAUUCUCUAAUUGCAGCUGCUUAAAUGUCUUUUUUUCAGGUUUCUUUCCUCCUUUGUGACGUAAACUUUAAUUUUCUUGGGUUGUGGACAAACGAGACAUUUAACGAAACACUGAUCGCCUUUUUUCUCCAUUUUAUGGCGACAAUUUAUCGACUAAUCAGUAAAAUAGCACAAGAACAGUGUGCUAAAUGUGCAUAUUUCCUUCUAAAAACCUGUCGACAAUAAGCUUCAGGUGUGCUCAGUCUUCUAAUUCUUCAAAUUAUUCAGCAUUUAUUAAACUUAUGUGUACAGAAUUCUUUGUUUUUCUUUGCUUUAGCGCCACCUGGUGGUAAACAGCAGGUAAAACACUGACAGGAGCCUUUCAAAUCCAACUUUAUUAGGAUUUAAAUAAUAAAAUACACCAAAAUCUAAUAAAUAUUUCAUACUCGGAAGUGAAAAAUGUACGUUAUAUUCCAAAAUUUGUGUAUUAGAUGCAGAAAAUUUAUAAUUAAAGCAAAAUAUUGUCCCUAAAGUUGCUCCACGUGUGCUGUGAAACUCGUAUUUUCCAUUUUAGAGGCAUUUUUAUCCUGUAAAAUCCUUUAAAUUUGUACACAGGAUUAGAAAAAUCUUCUCAAACUUCAGCAUUAUUUUAACCUCUGGAUGCAGGGAUCAUUAUAUUCCACUACUUUGUCGCCACCUGGUGGUAAACAGCGAGUAAAACGUGCAAGAACCUUAAAAUUGCAACUUAAAUAUGAUUUAAAUACUGAAAUAAACCAAAAUCUAAUAAAUAUUUGCUAGUUAAAAGCCAUGAUUUGUACAUUAGAUGUGCAAAUUAGGAAUUUAAGUAAAACUUUGAUCCAAAAUUAGUAACAGCUGUGUUGUGAAAAUGUUAUUUUCCAUUUUGGAGUUUAGUAUUUUACAUAAAGUUGGACUUUAUUCCUGUAAAAUCCUUAAAAAUGUAUGCAGAGAAUCUAAAGCCUGAUUAAAACUUUACUUUGGCGCCAUCUGUUGGUAAAUAAACACCAGCAGAAGACAGAAAAUCCAACUAAAAUACGACUAAUACUGAAAUAACCCCAAAUGUUCUAAAUAUUGAAGUCACAGGAGAGUCUGAGGUGGGAAAAAGACAAUUUAAGGCCAAAAUGCACAAAAUCAGAAUCCAAGUAAAUAUUUGACCCAAAAAUGUGCACCACUUCUGCUUUAAAACGGUUAUUUUCAAUUUUACAAUUAAAUAUUUCAGUUUUUAUUCAUUUCAGAUCCUGUCAGCUGUCAUUUAUUCGUCCUUUUGGUUCCCUGAAGCCGACAAAUUUGUGUUCAUAUUUUGAAUCCAGACUAAAACUUCUGUCAAACUUGCUGAGGCGCCACCUGGUGGUAAAUUAUGUAUCUGCAGGAGGCUAAAAAUCCAACGGAAACAUGACUGAAAUACUCAAAUAAACCACAGUCAGAAAUAUUUAACAGACUGAAAUGACAGAGGUGGAAAACAUUCAAAUUAAUCACCAGAAUCUGUUGGAUGCACAAAUUAAGAUUUUAAGUAAAAUGUGAGCUGGGAUAUUUGUUUCUCUUUACUUUGGCGUCAUCUGGUGGUGAGUUAUGCAUCUGCAGGAGGCUAAAAAUCCAAUUUAAACCACAAUCAUGAAUAUUUAACACAGAAAUGACAAAUGUGGAAAAAAAAAUUCAAAUUAAAGCCCAAAAUCUGUUCAUUGGACUCACAAAUUCGGAAUUUCAGUAAAAGUUUGUCAAUUAUUUGUUGAUUGGGAUGUUUUGUUUCCAUAAAAUAACCCCUAAAAACCCACCUUUCGACCCUGAACGCUGUAUGUAAACACACCCACCUCGCCUCCUCCACUAACAGUCCUGCUCUCUCGUUGACUCCGCCCUCUCUCCCUCCUCACCUGCCCUCCAGGUGCGUCGGCCAUCAGUCUGGAACUGGUGCCGUCCGGCCACAGCGGGACUUUCAGCUCCGAACACAGACAAAAAAAAAGGAAAAAAAAAGUCACCAAAAAACCCUUCCUCUUCCUGUUGUGAAAAGACGAGCGCCCCGCCUCACCUGUCCUCACCUGUCCUGGUCCAUGUCGCCCACCGGGGGGCGCCGCGUCGACUCACAGUAUUACAGCAGCAGCGAUGACAAAAAAAGAACCCUGUACAUUGUUAUUGAAUGCAGUACACUGAUAAUCUUGUAUCUUGUAGUAAUUUAGAUUUGUUUUUUUGCGUAGGAACCUGUGGAGAGGAGUAUCCAGUAUAUAAAGAGGUAUUAUGGAACAAGACUUCCUGGUAUUUAUGAUAGUGUUUCCCCCUUUUAGUCGCUUUCUUUUCUUUCUCCCUCUUGGUUUUUAUCUCAUUUUGGAUAUUUUGAUGAAGUUUCUUUACACCAUUUUUUUUCCUUUUUUUUUUUUAGUGCAGGGAAGGGAGGGGUCAGGGCAGGUAGGCAGGCAGGAGGGGUGGAAGAGGAGAAGGCCCGGGGCAGAUCUAGUUGCCCCGCCGGGGGUAAAAACAUUUUUUUUCUUGGUUUUUUUUUUCGACAGCAGAACCUCCCCCCUCCUCCCUCGCAGAAUUAAUGUGUGCUUUAGAACGGCCCAGAUAUAAUAUGAUUUAAAAGCUGAGAAAAAAAAAGAUAAAAAAGGGUUGGAGAAAUACAAAUGUUUAAUUAUUUUAAAAAAUAAAGAGAUAUUAAAUUAAACCUGUUUUGUGAUAAAGCCCAGA